AAGGCACCACCAAGCUCUUUCCAUAUUCCAAAACAUGGGGACAUUCAAAAUCCAUCUUCUUCUCUUUUUCCUUAUGGCUGUGACAGUAAGUAGUACAUUACAAGGUGAUGUGUGUGCAUUGAUAAAUUGUGGGCACGGAACAUGCAAGGCUUCUAAUGCUUCACUGCUAGGUUUUGAAUGUGAAUGUAAUUCUGGUUGGAAGAAAGAGAUUGGCCCUUUGACCUUUCCCUCUUGCGUUAUUCCCAACUGCACAAUUGAUCUUGGAUGUGGCAAUGGAGCUUCACCUCCACCUGCAGCUUCUCAACCUCCACCGUUCAAUCUCUCAAACCCCUGUAACCUUGUUUGGUGUGGUGAUGGAACUUGUGUGGCUAAUGGAACUGGACAUAUAUGCCAGUGCAACCAAGGUUCUUCAAAUCUCCUUAACGAGACAGACUUAGCUUGUUUUAAACAAUGCUCUUUCGGAGAAGAUUGCAUUGGUCUUCUGCUCGGCAUGUUACUAUCUCCACCUUCAGUGCAACUGCCACCGCCAACGCCAGUGCCGCCACCACCACCACCUAGCAGUUCAGCCUCGCCAAAAACUAAUGGGCCAACAGGCUCGACCGGAGCAACGAGUUCCUUGAGGAAUCUUCAUGCAUCAUCAAUGAUAUUGUUAGCAGCAACUUUGCUAACAUGGCUAUAGAGAAAAUAACAGAUGCUCAGCAUGAUCAAAACAUUGUAUACGGAAAUAAUGGCUGAUCGAUUAGGCAGCUUGUCAAGGCAUCAUUACUGAUAUCUAAACUGUUAGGAGGAAGCAGUGGCUGUUGUGCUCUUAUUGCUAGUCGUGUUCGAAACAUCAUUUUUAAACACAAUAUUUUUACCAUUUUAUAGUUGCUCAGGAUCUUUGAACUUUAAAAGCUAAAGUUCCAUAUUGCCAAUCAAUCAAAAUCCCAAAUAUCAACUUCCUGUGCUGCAUCAAUUUGAUUGCUUUUAUUGUGGCUGCUGGGGUCUGUUUGAUGAUCUGGAAACCUCCAAAAUGCAAAUGCAAAUGUUGUACCUCAUCUUUACAGUGGUGAUCAGUAGGAAUUAUAUAGCGUUUUCACGGGAGAGGUUCAUGGCUACGUGGAACUCAUAGUUCUAGCUUAUGAGGAAAUUGACUAGUCUGAUUGUAGACCUUGUUAGAGCUCUUUGAUUCUUUCCAUUGAGUGAUUCUCCCUUCACCUUCUUGUUUAGAAAUCUAGCAUUCAGCAAGACAAAGACUGAGCUUGGGCACGUCUCGAAGGAGAACAGAAGAAGGGAUGCUUUUCAUU